AAGAAGCCGGAGGCCGGCAGGGGAGGCGGGGGAGAGGCCGGGGAGCGGUGUCCGCCCGCCCGACCGCGAGGGGCGGGGAGCGGGGCGGGCCCUGGGCCUGGCCGGCGCCCGUUCCGGGGGAGGCGCGGUGGAGUCUGGCCCCGCGGGAGAAGACGGCCCAGCGCACCUUUCCCUGGUCUGUCUUGGGUUGGGAGAUGAGCACCCCUUGUGGGGUGGGUGGCAGAGUUGGGGACGGAUGCGGGGAGGCUGGCCCAGCUUCUGGCAGGAUCCAUCCCUGCUCCUGGCCAUUACUGCCAUUGGGGUCACAGUGCUCCUGAUGGCCCUGAAGAGCAGGAACUGGAGGAGGAAAGAUCUUAUCACCUUACAGGACCCUGAAGCCAAGUACCCACUGCCCUUGAUUGAGAAAGAGCAAAUCAGCCACAAUACCCGGAGGUUCCGCUUUGGACUGCCCUCGCCGGACCAUGUCUUAGGGCUUCCUGUAGGUAACUAUGUCCAUCUCUUGGCCAGAAUUGAAAAUGAUUUGGUGGUCAGGGCUUACACGCCUGUCUCCAGUGAUGAUGACCGAGGCUUUGUGGACUUAAUUAUAAAGAUCUACUUAAAAAAUGUACACCCCCAUUAUCCUGAAGGGGGGAAGAUGACUCAGUACCUGGAGAACAUGAAAAUUGGGGACACCAUCCUUUUUCGAGGGCCAAAUGGGCGCCUGUUCUACCAUGGGCCAGGGAAUCUCACAGUCAGACCAGACAAAACAAGCAAGGCUGAAAAAAAACUGGUCCAUCACCUGGGGAUGAUUGCUGGGGGCACAGGCAUCACGCCCAUGCUGCAGCUCAUUCGCCACAUCACCAAGAACCCCAGGGACAGGACCAAGAUGUCCCUCAUCUUUGCCAACCAGACAGAGCAGGAUAUCUUGGUGAGAAAGGAGCUUGAAGAAAUUGCCAAGAUUCACUCAGACCAGUUCCACCUGUGGUACACCCUGGACAGGCCACCUGUGGGCUGGAAGUACAGCUCGGGCUUUGUUACUGCCGACAUGAUCAAGGAGCACCUCCCUCCUCCUGGGAAGUCCACGCUCAUCCUGGUGUGUGGCCCACCCCCCCUGAUCCAGACAGCCGCUCACCCGAACCUGGAGCAGCUGGGUUAUACCAAGGACAUGAUUUUUACCUACUAACACCUCCUGUGCUCUUAGCGAAUUUGCCGGGUCCCUAGCAUCUGUUUAGCUUUACCACGUUAAACUGGGAUGUUUUCAAAAGUGCCUUUCCACACACCCCUGGGCACACACUGCUUCUCCUCUUUCGGAUGUGGGCCUAAGAAGGGCUCAAGGGGCUGGAGACAAAGUGGCCUCUGAGGCCUCCCCGCUUGGAGGCUGGGAAGAGCUCCAUUUCAGUAUCUCACCCCAUGGCUUAGUGAAAUAAACUUAAGUUCAGA